CAGACCUCCUCCAGACAGACCGCACAGAGGCGGGUCUAAACUCCCUCUUACCCCGCCCGCUGCUCCGCUGCUGUCCUCUCCUCUCCUGAACGCUGAUGUGUUACUAACUUUACAGCCUUCAACUCAGACAAAAUGUUCAAUUUCGGUCCAAAGUUGCUGCUGCUUUUCCUUCUGGCCUUCCCCUGUGGGUUAAUCGGCCACGUCUCUGCAGACUCAGACUCUGCUGAGGACAUCGCUGAGGACCAAGAUGCUGCAGUAGACGAGGAGGAAGAUGACGAAGAAGAGGUGCUUGUUGAGGAGGAUCAGAUACAACCAUCGGAGGGAGAAGAAGAAGACUCUGAGGAAGCAGCUGAUAAACUGGUCACGUCUCACCCUGAUGCUGACACCACCAUCAUCUUCAUGACAGGAGAAGAGUUUCCUGCCAAUGAAAUCGUGCGGUUCCUGGUGGGUUUCACCAACAAAGGAAGUCAGGAUUUCACCGUCCAGUCAUUGGAGGCCUCCUUCCGCUACCCCCAAGACUUCCAGUUCUACAUUCAGAAUUUCACAGCGCUGCCUCUGAACACUGUAGUGCACCCCCAAGCUCAGGCUUCCUUCGAGUACUCCUUCAUCCCAGCUCAGCCCAUGGCAGGCCGUCCAUUCGGUCUUGUAAUCCUCCUCAACUAUCUUGACACUGAGGGCAGCGUGUUCCAGACGGCCAUCUACAACCAGACUGUCACCAUCAUUGAGCGAGAAGAGGGACUGGACGGAGAAACAAUGUUCAUGUACAUCUUCCUAACUGGACUGGUGGUCCUGAUGCUCUUUGGGAUGUACCAGGUCCUGGAGACAAGGACGAAAAAGAGAAUCUCUGUGAAAAUAGAGAAGGGCACCGGCGGGAUGAAUGAUGUGGACAUCAGCUGGAUUCCUCAGGAGACUCUCAAUGUUAUGAACAGGGCUUCCCCUAAAGCAUCUCCACGGAAACGCACCAAUAGGGCAGCUGGAGCAGAUCAAUAAAGCUCUCCUUUUCUAUCUAUCAUCAUACUGUCCAUCAGGCUCUCUACGCUCAUUUCCUAGCCACAGAAACCUGAUUGCCUUUUACAAUGGACCAACAUUCCUGGAAUCCAAUUUCCAUUGAAGAUGUUUGUACAGAUCUCUGCCUGCUGCUCUGCUGGUCUGUUGAACUCUACUGCUCUGAUUAGAGCAUGACCAUUUCGACACCAGCAGGACUGAACGUGUGUGUGUGUGUGUGUGUGUGUGUGUGAAAUGAUGAGCCAAAAAGUCAUUACAAUUUCAUAGGAUCAACACUCUGCCCGUAUUAAUGCUAUGACGUUGUCAUAAUUGCAUUGGGAUUUAACAACAUUAUAUUUGGAGAUUUGCUAUUGACAUUAUUAGGAUCAAUUACAUUUUAUGACUUUUUAUGACAAUCCCUCUCCUCUCCAUUGUGUAAACACCAUUGUGCCUUACCUGUACUGUAUUUGCAGUGCCCUGCAAAAACAUAAUGUCAGGAAAAAAUACAUGCAUACAUUGAUUAAAAGGUUUCCCCACUGAUACCCCUCUGCUUUUAACAUCCGGUCCCAUGUGGCCUGAGGCUUGUAAAAGUUCAGAUUUGUUUUUUUCGUGGGGCAAUGGCAGCUGCAGUUACACCAAACAUUAAAACAGUGUUCUGUGGAGGUUUCUGCAGGGUAAUCCACCUGUUGAUGGAGCAACGCUUUACUAAGUGCCAACAAUCGUUUAGAUUGUGUUGUUUUUAAAAACAAUAAAAGAGUGAACAAAG